CGAUUUGGGGUAUCAAAGAUGACAGGACCGCGCACAAUAGAGACAUAACGGGCUCUCCGGUCAUGAGCUUUGCAGCGGAUCCCCAAAAUGACGAUCUCAGGCGUAAGAUCCCGCAGGCAUUUAACAUCGACGUCCUAGUGGCACUCCUCCGCCAGGAAAACGCCGUGGACAUCUGUGUCAUAAAAGUACCGAAAUCGCUGAAGUACACCGAUUACUUUGUGGUAGUCAGCGGCUCCUCAAGAAGACAUCUCAUAGCGAUGGCAGAGUAUGCAGUCAAAGUGUACAAAGCCCUCAAGCUGGAUGCUGAUCCCCAUGUCAUAAUUGAAGGCAAGAAUGCGGAGGACUGGAUGUGCAUCGAUUUUGGGCACACUGUGGUUCACUUCAUGCUGCCUGAGACCAGAGAAGUAUACGAGCUGGAGAAGCUGUGGACGCUGCGCUCGUUUGACGAGCAGUUGAGCUGUAUCCCCCCCGAGAUACUGCCCAAAGACUUCAUCUAUGAUGAUGAGGCCACCGAUUGGCGCUCCAGUUUUGGAAACCUUGGGGAACAAGAACGGUUGUAGGCCGGCUGAGCAAAAUCAGCACUGGAAUUCUUUUGAUCUCAGUUGUGAAUGGCCCUUUUGUUGUUCUUAAUUGAAGGUCAGUGAAAUGUCCUUUUAAAGGUCAUUUUUACUAUGAAAGUAAGUGUACUUGUAUAUACAGAUGACCACAAAUUGUGGCUCAAAGUUCCAACCUGUUUUGAAGUCUUUCAAUAGUUUUUUUUUUUUUGUAGCAUUGCUUUAAUUAAUUAAUUAAAAUAUAAGGUCAUAUACAGUAUGGCAUAAUGCUUGAUAUUUAAAAAAUAAUGAAUGUUGUCUUGACUGGUUGUAUAAUGUGUUUUAAUAAAGACAACUUUUGGAUGA